AUGGACGGAUUCUUUGCUUUCUUUCUUCUUCAAACUUUACUUAACAUUCUUUUUCCUUGUUUAAAUCUCUUUCUUUUUUUGUUUUUUACAUUCCUUCAUUGUUUUCAUUUCCACUCUCCCCAUAAUCUAUUUUGCAUAAUUUUCUCAUCUUCCUUAUUUACUUCCCUCUUUUUCACAUUCAUUCUUUCUUUCCCUCCCUCUCUCACUCUCUCUCUCUCUCUCGCUCUCUCUCUCUCUCGCUCUCUCUCUCUCUCUUCUUCUUCGGCUAUUCCUUUAAUUUCCCGUGGUUUUCCCUUCCUUCCUUCCUUCGUUUCUUCAUUCCUUCUUAUUUCCCUCGCUUCGUUUCUUCAUUCCUAUAUUCUUCCUAUCUUCUUUCCUUCCUUUCUUCAUUCAUUCCUUCUUCCUAUCAUCUUCCCUUCUUUCCUUCCUUCCUUCCUUCCUUCCAUCUCUCUCCAUUAUUUCCUUCCUUCCUUCCUUCCUUUUCAUCAAAAAAUCCUUCCUUUUUCGUCUUUCCAUCUCCUUGCCUCCUUUUUUUCUAUCCCCCUUAAACUUCCUUCCUUCCUUCCUUCCUUCCUUCCUUCCUUCCUUCCUUCCUUCCUUUCCAAGGGUGAAAACUUUUUUCUUUCCAUCUCCCUCCUCCUUCCUUCUAUCCCCCCUUCCUUCCUUCAAUUCCUUCCUUCCUUCCUUCCUUCCUUCCUUCCAUCUCCAUCUCCCUCACUUCCUUCCUUCCUUCCUUCCUUCCUUCCUUCCUUCCUUCCUUCCUUCCUUUUUCCACCUCAAGAAUUUUUUCCUUCCUUUCUAUCUCCCUCUUCAUUUCCUUCCUUCAUUUCUUCCUUCCAUCUCCAUCCCUCCUUCCUUAUUUCCUUCCUUCUAUCUCCCUUCCUUCCUUCCUUCCUUCGAUCUCUCUCUCCAUUAUUUCCUUCCUUCCUUUCUUCAUUCCUUCCUACCAUCUCCUUAUAA